AUGAAGUACUCUCUCACCCUCCUCUCCCUCUCCAUGGCCUCAGCCAUCGCAACCCCCUUCUCCAGCACCCAAAAGUGUAACAUCGCCCCCAGCGCCUCCACCAACGGCAACAUUCAACCUUACCACACCGGUAAAGCCGACACCGCCGUCGACUGCCAGACCUUCUGUGCCUCCGAUGACCACUGCAAGUCCUUUGCCUUUGGCCUCGUCAAGGGCCACUCGCAGCCUACCUGUCUCCUCUUCAAGGUCUCAGCCUCCGAGGUUCCGGCUCGCAAGGACGGUCUUCACGUCUUUGAUAAGCAGUGUGCUGCUGAUCGCGUUCCUACUUCUGCGCCUACUGCCUCUGAGCCUUGGGGCAGUGUGCCAAAGAAAGUCCUUGUGAGGCGAUCUCUGAAGUGUAACUGUGCUGCUUCUGGUUCUGCGAGCGGUAGUGUUGAGCCGUACAAGACUACUACUGCUGCUACUGCUAAGGACUGUCAGGCUCUUGCUGAGGCGGAUUCUUCUUGCCAGAGCUUCUUGUAUGGUCUUCCUAGCGGAUCUAGCACUCCUGUCUGCAAGCUUUACAAGGUUGCUGCCGCCAAGGUUCCUGCUCGCAGCGAUACUCUCUUUGUCUUUGAUAAGGGCUGUUCUUCUAAGCAGGUUCCUACCACUCCUCCUACUGAGGACGCUCCCCGCGGUCUCGUAAGCACUGCCAAGACUACCAAGGUUCAAGCUGCGCCCAAGGCUACUAAGGUUGCUGAGGUGAAGACUGAGAAUCAGAACAACGAAGCUUACGAGGUCUCCAACUUCAAGCCCAAGACUACCAAGGUACAGAAGCCCAAGACUAAGGCUACCAAGGUCGCCAAGGUUGAGGACGACAACACCCAGUACGCUCAGGUCGGCGAUGACUCUGUUAAGAAGCAGGCCAAGGUUACUAAGGUCGCAAAGGUCAACAACGAGCAGGUCCAGAAGAACCAGGACAAGUCUGAGGCUAAUGUCACCAAGGUUGAGAACAAGCAGCCCAAAGCUACAAAGGUCCAGAACAGCAAGCCUCAGGCCACCAAUGUUCAGUACAAGGAUGAGACCAAGGACACCAACAACAACGAGAACAAGAACGUCAAGUCCGACAGCCCCAAGACCCUCGCUACCAAGGUCCGCAACAACCAGCACCAGGCCACCAAGGUCCAGGCCGUUGAGCACCAGGCUACCCAGGCUGAGGGUAAGAAGUCUGCUUGCAAGACCACCAAAGGCUCUGCUUCUCAGCCUAAGAUCACCCAGGCUUAG